GGGUGUGGGUGUGAAUACUGUGGUUGAAAGCAUGCCAAAUGGAAAUGAGAAGCGCGCGAAGUGGCGGCAACUUUUCCACUGAAUUGAUUCGAGCAGAAGUCACAGGAUACGCGGUGUAGAUAGCAGCAACAAUUUGCAUAAUUUUCAGCAGCGGACACGCCAGCAACAUAAGCAACAGCAGCAGCCAAGGGCAUAAAAAGGCGCCAAAACAAUACAAAUACAAAAAAAUAAAUAAAUAAAAAAUAGAAGAAGAAAAAACAAAAAUAGACAAUGUAAGCAACGGUACUCAAAAUUCAUUAAAAAAAAUAUAUAUAUAUACAUAAAUAAAUCAAGACAAAAAAUACGUCGAAGCCAACGAAAACGCGCGCAAAACGCGAGUGUAACGCGCGUGAAACGCUACAAAGCAAAACAAAAAAACAGCAAACGGAACAACAACAACAACAACAAAACGGCCGCAAAGUUUGCCUAUAAAUGUACCAGGACAGCAGCUGCAGCAGCAGUAGUCGACGUGGCAGUGCAGCAACAGCAACAACAACAGCAGCAGCAGCAGCAGCGACGGCAGAAACUGGGGACGAGGACACGUUCGAGGCGCUGACAAUAAUAACAACAACAACCAUAACAACGACAGCUGAUGCUAAAGUUGGCGCUGCCGAGGCAACAACAACAACAACAACCACCACCACAUUGAUAACAGCAGCAACAGCAGCAACAGCAACAGCAACAACAGCAACAACAGCAACAACAGCAACGAGCGCAGCAAUCGACAGCGCAGCCAGCAGCAACAACAGCGACGACGACGACGACGACGUCUACACCGACGCCGACUUAGAUAUUGAGUGCACCACCGCUCACGGCUCCCGCUUGCCAUCCUCAAACCUAAGCAACAGCAGCAGCAGCAGCUGCGGACAUGCCGCGCUGUUCUGCGACGCACGACGACAACAGCAGCAGCAACAGCAGCAGCAGCAACAGCAACGGCAGCAACAGUUGCAGCUGCAACAAACGCAACGCGCCGCCGCUGCCCUAAACGCCGAUGUACGGCUGCUGCGCAAAAUUGGAUACAUUGCAUCCCGGGUGCGCUGCCUGGCCAAGUAUUACGGCGACUUUCAUCUGGUCAAUCCGUACAGUGCACAACGGCAGCGACGCCAGCUGCAGGAGAUAUUGCUAAAGCACUCGAUAUUCGUUCCGGGACGCGAGCGCGAACGGGCGCUGUUGCUGGCCGCGGCAGCGGCGGCCGUUGGCGCAGCCACAGCAGCAACUGCAACAACAACAACAGCAACAGCGGCAAUUGUGAGUCGCAGUCAGAGCUGCAGCAGCAGCUGUUUUGAGCCGGAGCAACAGGACGAGGCAGAGCAGCUACAUCUACAGCAGCAGCAGGCAUACGAAUCGGAGCUAGAACCAGAUUUCGCUGAGGAGGACGAGGAGCUGGCAUUUGUCACCGCGACAGCAACAACACCAACCACAACAACAGCAACAGCAACAGCAACAGCAACAGUGCGUCGCAAGUCCUCAGCAAGCAGCACAGCUAGUGGUGCAGCAACGGCAACCGCUACCGCAACGGCAACAGCAAGCGCAUCCGCCAGCGGAUCGAGCAGCACAUCUGCAUCGCUCUUAACAGCAGCCACACCCAUAGCGCUGUUGGAAGAGCUGCUCGUGCAGUUGUACGAGGAUCAGGAUCAGUGUGGCAGCAAGCUGACUGUCAUACGCAGACGAAUCGCCUGCACUGACAACCUAAACAAUCUUAACAACAACAACAACGACAACAAUAACAGCAGCAGCAGCAGCAGCAACAACAAUACAUCAACAGCAGCUGCUAGCGCGGCAGCAACUGUUGCCGGCGAUAUUGCUGUUGUGCUACCCACCAGCAGCAGCAGCACCGGCGUCGGCGUACCUAGUCAGCACCAGGCUCGCGCCUAUCUGCAGCCCUCGCUGGAUGCCGAUAACCCGCGUCGGCGUCGCGCCAGCGACUGCUCAGCGGUGCAGGCCGCAGCCGCACUCUCCAAUCAGCUGCACUGCAUCACGCUGAAGAACAACAAUUGCACAGCGGCUGCAGCAACAGCCGGCAAGCUGCCCUUUCAUCGCGGCAGCUGCGGCGCUGCCGGCGAGCAUCUGCUGGCCGCCAAUUCGAUUGCAAAUCGCGCCACCAUCAUUCUGAGCAAGUCCUGCAGCAAUGUGGACGGCGAUGUCAGCCUGACGGCAACCGUCGGCAACAAGCUGCGCGCCAGCGCCACGGACAUUGAGAGCAACUCGAAUGCGCUGAACGGUGGCGGCAUGGACGCUAUGCAGACCAUUGCCGAUGCGGCAUCUAACAAUGGCAACAAUGAGUACAGCAUUCUCCAGUUGAACAAUACGAUCAUCCAGUGUCAUUUCAAUGAUGAUGAUUUUCGCGCCCUUGUCAAGGAUCUCAAGCGCAAGGUUGAGUACACGGAGCGCAUGAAUUGGCUAUGUCUCUCCAAUCGGCCAUUGGGCCCGCCACAUCGCAAGAGCAGUCUACCAAAGCAUCAGGAAGUGAAGCGUCGCUUCCUGGAAAUUUGUGAUACCAACUUUUCGGAUGAGGUGAAGGCGGCCCUACGUCUGCCGGCCUUCGAUUCGUAUGAAUGGGGCGAUGCAGAUGUCAUACACCUAAUGCAGACCAUGUUCCUCGAGCUUGGCUUCGUUGAGAAGUUUAGCAUACCCGUCGAUACGCUGCGCGAGUGGCUCUAUGAGGUCUACAAGCACUACAAUGAGGUGCCAUUUCAUAAUUUCCGGCAUUGUUUCUGUGUCGCCCAAAUGAUGUACGCGAUUACACGUCAAGCGAAUUUACUGAACCGUCUGGGCGAUCUGGAAUGCCUCAUAUUGCUCGUGUCCUGCAUUUGCCAUGACCUCGAUCAUCCUGGGUAUAACAACAUCUAUCAGAUCAAUGCACGCACCGAACUGGCGCUCAGAUACAAUGACAUCUCGCCGUUGGAGAAUCAUCAUUGCUCGAUUGCAUUCCGCCUGCUGGAGCAUCCCGAGUGCAAUAUAUUCAAGAACUUUAGCCGGGACACAUUCAACACCAUACGGGAGGGCAUCAUCCGCUGCAUCCUGGCCACCGAUAUGGCGCGCCACAACGAGAUCCUCACGCAGUUUAUGGAGAUAACGCCCAUCUUUGACUACAACAAUCGUGCGCACAUCAAUCUGCUGUGCAUGAUACUCAUCAAGGUGGCGGACAUCUCGAACGAGGCACGGCCCAUGGACGUGGCUGAACCCUGGCUGGAUCGCUUGCUCCAAGAGUUCUUUGCACAGAGCGCCGCCGAAAAGUCCGAGGGGCUGCCGGUGACACCGUUCAUGGAUCCCGAUAAGGUGAGCAAGCCCGGCUCCCAGGUGCGCUUCAUUGGGCUCGUCCUAUUGCCGCUCUUUGAGGCGCUGGGCGAACUGGUGCCGGAGCUAACGGAGCUGAUUAUCAUACCCGUGCGCAUUGCACUGGAGUAUUACAGGCGACUCAACGAUGCGCAGACAAAGACGCGCAAAUCCGUGGCAGACAGCAACGCCUCGGCCACAUCCGAUAGCAACAGUGGCAACAUGGACUCGAAUGCGGCCAUGGUCAGCACGCCGGGCAACAGCACGGCCGAUAAAUUAUUGAUGGACAAACAGUCGACAGGCCCAGCUGCUGGCUCUGGUGCCGCUGGCGGCGGAGGUGGAGGCGGUAGCAGCUCACCCCAAAUGCCACGAUCCGGCUCCGGUAUCAGCGUCAAGUCGCGCCGCAGCAUACCCUCACAAAAGUCCGCAUCGCGCACAUCUGUGGAUGAGCCAGGCGGCAUGGCCGCCGAGCUGCACGAUCUGCCCGAGGGCAGCGAAAGUGGCGACUCCGAAACGGCCACCGAGGUGGAUGUGGCCGAGAAGACAUCCAAAUUCAAAGUGGACACAGAGGGCUGCAGCAAUCGCAGCAAAUCCUCGCACUCCACCUCGCGCAAAUCGUCGCGCGAGAAGCGUCCCUCGAUGAUUGGCGAACUGUGCAGCAGCGGCGGUGGCCAGCGCAUGCGCAACUCCUAUGGCAACAUCCAUGGCUAUCAUGCCAAUCGCUGUCAAUUUGGCAGCAAUCGCGCCGUCAGCCUCGACCAGUACAGCACCAAUAAUCGUCGUCUGUCCGAUGGCCUGCCCCAGGUUAUCUCUGAUAGCAAUGUGUUUUAUGGACGCCACAAUCGCAACAGCCUGGAGCAGCAGCUGGCACAGCGGGCCGCUGGACGUGCCGCCGAGGACCUCAACAUGAACACUAGCAACAACCAGGCGCCAGUGGCACCAGUGCUCCAGCAGCCGCUCUUGCAGCAAUCGUUGCUGCCCACUGCACAGCAGCUGCAGCAACUGCAGCAGCAGCAGCAGCAGGAGAAGGAUAAGGAUAAGUUGCCAGCUACAGCAGCUCCAACAGCAGCAACAACCAUCGCAGCAGCAACUGUUGCUGCAGCUACCACAAAUGGCAACAUAUCGCCGACGCUCAACCAAACGCUAGCCAGCAAUGGUAGCGCCGCAACUGCAACUGCACCUCCCACUGCUACUGUUGCCGACGACCAGCAGCAGCAGCAGCAACAGCCGCAACAGCCCGGAGGCAGCAACAGCAGCAGCUCAUGGAAGUCGCGUUUGCGUCAAUUCUCGGACUACUUUACCUUCAGCUUUGACAAGGGCAACAAACGCUUUGGGAGCACACGCAGCAGCCCUUGCGCCGUGCGCGGCAACAACAAUGCGCCGGCCAACGACAGCAGCAGCAACAACACCGACAACAACAGCGCCGACAAAGUGCAAGUGGCGGCCACCUGUUGCACCAUUUCGAAUAGCCUGCCCUCGCCAGGCGUCCAGGCUGUCGGUCCAGGCAUGUCGGUUGGCGUGGCCAGGCAUCGGGCCUACAGCCUGGACGUGCCCUGCAGCCGACAUGCCGCAACACGCUACUCAUCCGCUGACAGCAGCAGCCGCAAAUCGUCGCGUCACGACGAGCACAACAACAGCAACAAUAGCAACAACACGCUUCACAGCGGCAGCGGCAUCAUCGGCGAACUGUCCGGCGUACGCAUACGGAUUGGCAGCGCCGAGGAUGGCGGAAGUGAGUAUGCAGCUGGUGCUGUUGAUGCUGCUGGCGGUGUGGCUGGUGAUGCUGGUAGCGUUGUCAUCGAGCCGCCAAGACUUUUGCCGCCCAGCAUUAGCUGUGAACUGGGCUUGGCCAGUGGCUCCUCGUCGGAGGCGGUGCCAAAGAUUUGACAACAGGGGAACUCCGAUGCGACAAACACAAAUACAAAUAAUUCGCUCUGCAAUCAGGCGGCUUUCCACACGGCCGAAGCGGAGGCCAUUGUCAAUGAUAGCGACGAUGCGGACGGCAGCAGUGAGGCGGAUGCACUGCACCAGGACAGCUCCAGUUGCGAGGUAUCAUCGAUGACGAUGACCGUAUGGUCGGCCAUUGGCCAUCGGCUCAAUGCGCUCGUCUGCCAUUGCUGUGAGCGCAAGUUGCCCGAGCCGGAGAAUGUGUAAGAAGGAGACGCCAAAUAUAGUUAGCUGAAACGGAAACGAAACAGAAUCACACACAUUGUCAUUGCUAUCGAUAAUCGUUUGUCGAUACCAUGCCACUAAUCGCCUAUCACCAACACAUAUGAGUAAUAAUUUAUUGAGUUUAGUUUAUCGGUAAUCGUUGAUCAAUAACAUGCAUCAUCUAUCGCCUAUCGGCAGCAUAUUUACAUUAACGUUUGACAUCCAUCGAUAACACAGCAACAAUCAUUUAUCGUCUUUUGAUGACACACCAAUAAUCAUUUAUCGACAAUCAUUCAUCAUUAGCGGGUUGCUAGCUAUCUAUCGCAAAAGCAUACAUAAUCUAUUGAUUAUAAUUAGUCGAUAAACUGCUAUCGAUAACACUUUUAGUAUCGAUAGUACACCAGUAAUCGUCGAUCAAUAAUUGUUUAGCAACAACCCUUCAAUCUAAAGCCCAUCGAUAUCGAUAAUAGUAUAACGAUAUUCGUUAAGCAAUUAUCAUUUGUCAACCAAGCGUUUAUCGAUAACACGUCAAUAAUCACGAAACUCCAAUCACAAAUUUGAACAAUUCAUAUGCAAGUAUAAUGUUUUUUUUUUUGUAUUUUCUUUGGUCUAUCAACUAUUUAAAUUCAAUUAUAA